GGACGGGAAAAGAGGCAUGAUAAGGAUGCGAUACUGUUGAUGCUGCAGGAUUGAGCGGAGACUGAGUGAGUGAAAGUGUGAGAAAUGACAAGUCGAGUGCGGGUUAGGUUAGGUGCCCAGUUGGCUCCAAGUUCUCGGAUCGGAAGGAACCACAAUCUCAUCUUUUCUCUCCCAAUUCUUUCCCUCGUCUCAACUUGACCCCCUUCUCGAAUAACUGGUCCCGUGUGGCACUUAAAAAGCGACACGACGACACCCACCCGAGGCACAUCGUCAUCUAGAAAGCACUUACUUCAUCGCUUUCGUAACAAAAACAGGGGAAGAAGUGAACGCAAAAAGUCAUUUCGUUCUUAAACAACGCUCGUCUCACCUCGCCCCUGGGGAAACUUUCUCGUAGAUCUUCGACAACAUGAAGAUUUCGCCUAAUUUCGAGAGAGCGAGUGGAAAAUAAUAACUCUUAUUAGAUAUCCAGUAAGGCGCAGUUAUUUGCAGAUGUAAAUCUUCACUCUUGCUGCUGCUGCCUGACUUUUUGAGGUGAUUAGCAGCUAAGUUGUUACUUACUUAAUAUUUGGAGAGUGAGUUGGCUAAUGAGCCUCCAUUUGUAUUCCGAGUCAGUAGUGGAAUAAGUCAAGUGUGAGAAGGACAACAAAACAGAACAAGGGACAAGCCCAGGCUGGUUUCCGCUCGUCGAGUGCGAUUGUCUAGUCUCGACGGGGAAUUUAUUCUGUGGAAGAGGCCGAAUUAUGGACAACUUUACCUUGCUGGCCGAAAUGAGGAAUGAGUCGUCCUCGAGUUCAUCGACGGCGUGCAUGUUGCUGGAGAACGAGGACGUCGAGCUGGAUUUGGAGUUUCUGGAGAAGAAAAAGUACAUGCAGUGGAUCGCGUACAGGAUAAUCGGUCCCGGUGUGGUUGGCAUAGGUUUAUUGGGCAACGUCCUCAACUUACUCGUCCUCACGCGCCCCUCCCUCAAAGGGGUCACCUACACGUAUCUCAUCGGCCUGGCCUGCUCCGACAUUGGCGUCCUCCUCUGCGCCGUACCGAUGAUGAUCCGUCAGAGCCGCUUCGACCGUGAGAAUUCGUGGGGUGUGACGUUCUUCUACGCGCAUCUCGAGUACCCCUUGGCCAACACGUUCAUGGCGUCGUCCAUCUACAUCGUCCUCUGUCUCACGGUCGAUCGUUUCGCGAGUGUCUGUCUGCCCACGCGGUUUAAAGAGUUCCACACUUCGGACCAUUCGAAGAGGGCGAUGGCUGCGGCGGCCGUGUUGGCGAUUCUCGUCUCCGCCCCGCUCGCGCUGAUCAACACGAUGUGUCCCGGCGAUGAGGAGGAUGCCUUCGUCUUUGUGGAAAAUGUACCGGUCACCCACGAGCUCGCUUGGCGAAUCUACAUCUACUCGGCCGAGAUGGUGGUCCGCUUCGGUCCUGCCACGAUCCUCGCCGUGCUGAAUUUCCUCAUCAUUUUCCGCUUUCGCCAAAUAACGGAGCGUCGGAGGGAGAUGUUGGCGGGUGGGGUGGAGCUGGCUGAAGGCAACUCGCAACUCCUCCUCAGGGGGGAGCGGAUUUCGAAAAAGAUUUACAAGGAGGAAAAACGUCUCGUCACCCUGCUCUCGGCAAUCGUCCUCCUCUUCUUCGUCACCACGACGCCCGUGGCCAUCCUGGGCAUCUCAUACUCGCAGAGUCUCGAUAGAAACUUGUACUUUCAACUUUUCCGUGCAAUUGCCAACGUUCUGGAGCUGUGCAACUUUGCCCUAAACUUUUACGUCUAUUUUCUCUGCAGUAAAGAGUUCCGGAAAAAGUUUCUCUCCUUCUUCACCGUCCUCCUCCCGCCGGGGAGGAUGGGGGCGAGUAACAAUGGGGUCAAACAGCAAGGCCAGGGUGGAGGGAGGAGCAACAACUUGGGCGGUGGUGGGGGUGGACCGGGAAUCGCUAUGCCGGAAAUGCCGGGACAUUCACACGUGCAGCAGCUGAAUAAUAGUUGCAGUAGGGUGGAUGCCCUCUAAAGAUAAGCAACAACAGCAUCAACACUACAAACAAAUAUCUAAGAUAACCCCAGUGGCCGUGGAAGCGUGGGGAUGGAGGGACAAUGUCCCCACGGUUAUUCGAAGUCCCCAUCAUCUGCCCAUGCUGUAUGAACCCCUCCCUCUUCCCAUUCUACAAUGUUUACGUCCCCACGGCUUCCGCGGCCACUGUCCACAAGAAGAGAGAAUCUGUCGUGUGAAUCUGCUGCAGGGAUGAAAUGCAUUAUUAUUACCUGACGACGGGGGUGACCAGCAGCAAAAACUGCACACAAGUCAUACCUACCUAAAGAGUGCUACUAUACAUACAUACUCCUGCAUAUAUGUAUACAUACAUACCUACAAAUGCACACACCUAGUUUUGGCUAGCAAUCAAGUAUAAACUAUUUCGUCCUCCUCUGGGACCUAUGCACUACUUCCUUUCUGGGGACGAGCGAUAUACACAAAAGUGGAAUAAAUAAAUAAACCAAGAGAGAGACUCGUGGAUGUCUGUAUGCAUGUCCUCUUCUACUGGUCUCUUGGUCGCUUUGCUUUCAUAUAUUACGUACGACAUCAAUUCUUCACACGACACACUUAGUCUUCUUUUACUUUAGAAGAGAGCGAGAGUAGUCUUACAACAACGCCAUUUAUUCUUGUACGAAUCUAUUUGUGUGGAUAAGUAAGUCAUCUCUCUCUCUGUACUCUGUAGAUAAGUAAGUAUGUAGGAAGUAAAAGCCUGCCUGAGAUUCCCACCUGGUCUUCUUCUGAAUUCAUUUAUUCAAGUGAACAGAAAAAAAAACUUCUUCUAUACUGCGAACGUCACAGGAAAUGGUAUCGAUUAGAGAUAGAUCUGUAUGUAAAUAAAUGUAUCACAAUUUAUAUAAGAUAUAUAUUCCUAGUCCGAGAGUUGCGACGAGGUUGAGAGAGUAUAAAAUAAAAUACAUUUUGGACAGGGCGUAUGUAUUU